AAAUUGACAAUCAAAGCAAAAUGCCAGCAACACUCGUAUUAACACGCCACGGAGAAUCUGAAUGGAACAAAAAGAACUUGUUCACUGGAUGGGUUGACGUACAACUCACAGAAAAGGGUGAACAAGAAGCUAAAUUAGGUGGUGAACGUCUUAAAGCAUCCAACACACAGUUUGAUUACGCUUACACUUCCGCUUUACAAAGAGCACAAAAGACAUUAGCAAUCAUUCAAGAAGAAAUUGGUCAAACUAACUUACCUGUCACCAAGGAUCAAGCUCUUAACGAACGUCACUACGGUGAAUUACAAGGUUUGAACAAAGAUGACGCCAGAGCUAAAUGGGGUGAAGACCAAGUACACAUCUGGCGUAGAUCUUACAACGUUCCACCACCUGGUGACAACGCUGAAUCACUUGAGCUCACUGCUAAGCGUGUUUUACCUUACUGGAAAUCAGAAAUUUUGCCAAAGUUAGCAGAGAACAAGAACAUUCUUAUCGCAGCACACGGUAACUCCCUCCGUGCUCUCAUUAUGGAUAUCGAGAAGUUAUCUGGUGAUGAAGUCGUCGGUCUUGAACUUGCAACUGGUGUUCCAAUCGAAUUCCAAUUAGAUAUCGUUGAUGGUCAAGUUAAGGUCCUCUCAAAGAAGAUUUUCAACCAAUCUGUUUAGAUUUAUAACAAUGUCACUUUGAUACAUUUAGAUUUUUAUGUC